AUGGCCCUUCCACCUUCAGUUCAAUCGACCACGGUCCAGCCCGGCAGAAUUAGGGUUCUUAAAGAAGCAUCAGGACCGUCCGAUCAACUAGUGGGACCGGUUGUGUACUGGAUGUUCAGGGAUCAACGGGUAAGAGACAACUGGGCGUUGAUCCAUGCCGUUGAUCAGGCUAACAAGGCCAAUGUACCCGUAGCUGUAGCAUUCAAUCUGUUUGAUCAGUUCUUGGGUGCGAAAGCAAGGCACUUUGGGUUCAUGUUAAGAGGUCUCGAGAAGCUUCAUCGCAAUAUUGAAGAAAAUGGUUGUGACUUUUCUGUACUUUUGAGGACGUUCAAUCUCAAUGAGGUGCCGAGAGCUUUGGUGGAAAAGAGACUUGGGCACCCAACUACAAUUGAGCGCAGACGCCGAGGGACGCGGACGUUGAGGGGUACUGGGCAGCACCAAUGGAGUGGAGAUGUGCUGGGUAGGAGCGAAGCCAUUCUGACCUUGGGCAUAGUGCUUGGCGUCGGGGUUCCCUUAGUCUUGUGGACGACGAUGACAAUAAAGUGGGUGGUGAUGCCUUGUAUCUCACGUAGGAAGGCAGUCCCCGUUGUAGUGAAGGCGACGCCUCACAUCGCGCGCAGAAGGACGGUGCCAGCUGCAUGGAAGAUGACACUUCACAUUGUGUGCAGGAAAGCAACGCCUUCUGAGAAGCCUCGAGAAACAUGCAAGAGAGCAGCACCCAUGAUGAUGGCUAAAUAA